GCUCUCUGCUCGACUCCGGCAACACCUGGAAAUGAAUCCUGGAGCCGCCUACAAGGCUCUGGUGAGUGACAUCGGCACUUUGGACUUCUCAGGACCGGCCCAGCCCUGCGCCCUGCUACUCACCGGUGACCGGUCCUUCCCGGUGCUCGUGGACACCAAAGGGCAGGUCCUUGCUGCCGCGGCCCAAUACGGGCAGGGCCGGAUGGUGGUCCUCGCCCACGAGAGCUACCUGAGCAACCCUGGCUUUGCCCGCUUCCUCCGCAAUGUGGUGCAGUGGCUGAAGCCCCGCCCGGAUGCCCUGGUCAGUGUCCAGGAGGGCCUGGCACCCCUCCCUGGGUGCAGCCCAGAAACGGCUGGUCCCGAGAAGCAGGGAGUUCAGGUCGGGGUUCGGAUCUGUGAUGCCUACAGGCUGGAGCGGCCGGAGGACCUGGUCCAGUUCGUGAAGGCCGGGGGAGGGCUGCUCAUCGGGGGCCAGGCCUGGUACUGGGCUAGCCAGCACGGCCCGGACCAGGUGCUGUCUGACUUCCCUGGCAACCGGGUGACCAGCGUGGCCGGCGUCUACUUCACCAGAGGCUUGGGAGAAGUGGGGACCGUGAGUGUCCCAGAGAAAAUGCCCAGGAUCCCCCUGCUUGUCCAGUGA